AGUCUCAUUUUGUGUCUCUCGACGACGACUUGACUGCAAGGCGACCGAGGAAGCAAGUGCGACUCUUGUGUCGAACGCGGUCGUGCUCGGAAGGACCAGACAAAAUCUUUUGGUAAGGUGACAGUAGAAUUCGUGCUCUGUCACAGUUACCGAAAAGUUGUGGAUUACUAUUCAAAUUUGAAAAAAAGACUGACAUAACGCGGAAGUUGUUGAAAAACUUGCCGAUGAUAUACUGGUGCUACAUGUGCUAUUUGCUGACUGACUUUGUGGAUAUUUAAAAAAGUCAACGUGGAUUUAAUAAAGAAAAGAAAAAUGAAGUUGGUCCCAGGCCCCUUGCCACCGAUCCCCACAACAACAUCGGGAUCUCUGUCCCUACCACUACCCUUCAGUCCAGAUUUACUAUGGAGAUACCCGUUAGGAUUCCCUUCAGUCGGAAGUCACCCUUCUUCACCUCUAUGGGACUACAAAAGUCAACUCCCCGGAUCUCUAUCGGCCGACCCUAGAGGCUGGAGCCGCGAGGACGUCUGCAUAUUCCUCAGAUGGGCCGAAAGAGAAUUCGAUUUGCAACCCAUCGACAUGGAAAUGUUCCAAAUGAAUGGUAAAGCAAUAUGUUUGCUUACUAGGACAGACCUUUCAGAGAGGGCUCCAGGCUCUGGAGAUGUCUUGCACAAUGUAUUGCAAAUUUUAAUGCGCGACGCCAAUAAUAUGCGAUUAUUACCAAACAGCCCUAUAACACCUACCUCAAGGCACCCAUAUCCGUUAUCACCUCACACCUCUCAACCACCAACCCCUAGCUGGAAUGUUAUGACGUCGCAACAAUCGGACUAUCAUUCUUCGCACGCUGCCAGUUUAGCUGCACAUCUUAUGGCACAAAGCAAUAGCGUGACAUUAAGUCCGGCUCCAUCUGUUGACAGCCAAUCAGGAAGUCCAAACCAUCCAGAUGCACCUGUGAGUUUUGGUCAUUCGAUUUUUGGAGCUAAUGGGAGUAGCUCGAAUGGAUCUGGCUCCAACCCUAGUGAUAGUGAUGAAGAUGACAAGUUCACCGAAAUGAAAAACGGUUAUUUAAGCAGUCCGCCAAACACACCUAGUUACAUGAACAUACCACAAAUGUCUUUUUUGACACCAAGAAGCCCUAAACAAAUCGAAAAUGUUUCAAGUCCGGGACUUUACAAGAGGGAGUUUUUUGGUAGUGGAGACGGUUCUGAACCAAAUACAAAUGGUCGUCUUCUUUGGGACUUUUUGCAACAACUCCUAAACGAUCCAGCUCAAAGGUACACAAGUUACAUUGCAUGGAAGAACAGGGACACUGGAGUCUUCAAAAUAGUUGAUCCACCAGGCCUUGCCAAACUGUGGGGCAUCCAAAAAAAUCACCUUUCCAUGAACUACGAUAAAAUGUCCAGAGCUUUGAGGUACUACUACAGAGUCAACAUUUUGCGAAAAGUGCAAGGCGAAAGACAUUGCUACCAAUUCCUACGCAAUCCAACCGAAUUGAAAAAUAUCAAAAACAUUUCCUUGUUGCGUCAACAAAUGUCUCCUACAGCCACUAAACCACCAGCCCAAAUUCAAAUUAUACCUCAAAUAACCAUUAAACCAGAACCCGUAGAUCAUAUUAGCAAAGAACACGAACCGAUGCCAGCUCCAGUACCUACGCACGUUAAACUCAGCGAACAAGUGCAAAAGCAACUAGUUCAACAACAAACGCAGCAAAAAAGUGACGAAAGAUUAAGGAUGGAGUAUCACCAUCAAGAAGACAAACCUACGGAUUUGAGUAUGGAAGGUCCCACGGAUUUGAGUAGUGGCAAUAGGCAUGUGAGUAUAGUAUGCUCACCCGAUCCACCUUUCAACGGGGCGAAUCAUUAGUUAUUAGGAAACCUAUAAGUGCCAAUAGAGACAAUAAUUUAAGUGCAAGUUAAGUGAUUGUAAAAAUAGAGUUAGUUUUAUUGUGCAAUUGAGGUUUGUUUUAUGUGCCAAAAUAGAAAUUACGUUUUUUUUUUACUUGGUGCAAGGAGACCAAUAAUAAUAUGUAUCUCAAAUGUGCAACGAUGGCAGCUUUAAAUAGAGAAAAAUUAUUUAAGUUUUUUUUUUUGUAUAUAUGGUAUAAACAAGAUAAACAACGACAAUAAAUGUUUUUGUACAAAAAGAGAUAGGACUGGAAAUUUGGUUGGCAACAACAUUCCAUUUAAAUUUGGAUUUGGUGUAAUUAUUUAUACAGGGUGAGAGAUUUUGUGUUCAAUACAUUUUUUGGAUUAAAAUUAAAAUUUGUGUCACUUCUUUUAAGAUUGAAUUAUUACUGAGUGGGCUAUCCAAAACGAUUCAACAAUGAAUAGUUUACCGUAAGAUUUUGCUAGUGGAUAGCUCACAUGGUAAAUAGCCAGCACUUCUCUGUGAUCUCUUGAACAUAUUUGACUCAAAAUGAGUGUGAUGUAGAGAAAAAAAUAUUUUUAAAAAUGUUAUAUUAUUUACACUUAAGCUAAAAGAAAAAUAGCACUAGUUUUAAGUGUUGUGUGAAGGCUCUAUCGUUUUUUGACAAGCAUGAAGAACAAAAUUAUUUAACUGUACAUAGAAUUCUUUUGUUAUAGAUUAAUAAAGAAUAAUUUUCAUUUAUAGUAAAAUUCAAAAAUGA